AUGUGGUUCAGCACCUCUCGGGCGAUCCGGGACGAGGUUGAGGAGGUCGAAUUUUUAAGAACGGAAAAAGGGAAGGAGGCCUUAAUACUAGACGGAUUUAAGUAUUGCUUUCAGCGGAAGGACCAAGAUGAGAAAACUGCCUGGAGAUGUGCUAAAUACUGGACAAAUAACUGCAAAGCAGCAGUUCUCAGGAAGCACGGGAAAGUCGUCAAGACAACACAAGAGCACAACCAUCCACCUGAUAGCAGCCCACUUCGGGGAGCGCGACUAAAGAAUGCACUGAAGCAAAAGGUUAGGUCGGAGCCGCAUUUGCCAGCACCGCAAGUGUACAGCAGAGAGAUCUUGAGCCUUGUGGGUCAAGUUGACGACACGGUGAUGGCUGAGCUGCCGACUUUUGAGAGCGUGAGGAGCACCAUGUGCAGGGAGUAAAGAAAGCAGCAACCGAGCCUACCAAGGGACAUGGCCGAGAUUAAC